UUAGAGAAUUUUCUAACGAAAAAGUUUCGCGAGUUCCGUAAAUAAUUUUAAUCAUGUUAAAUCCUCUAUUUUUCAUGAAUCAUAGUGAUAAUGGUGAGAGAAAUCUGGCAGCACACCGUAGGCAAAUGCGGAAACAGUUAGAUCCGCUUGAAUUAUCAGAUAAAGCAUUUAUUCAAAAUUUUCGCAUUCCGAAGACGCUAUUCAAUGAAAUUCUCAAUAAAAUAGAACCAUUAAUUGCCCCCAAACAUAACCGUGGCUUAUCGGCAAAAGAAAAACUGGCGAUCACAUCACGGUUUUUGGCUCAAGGAUCCUAUCAACAGGGAGUUGGCAACGAUUUCAUUAUGCCAAUUGGACAAUCCACGUUUUCUGAAACGUUGGAUCAAACCUUGGAAGUCCUAGAGCGUAAACUAGCCUAUGCCGUAAAAAUAGAUCUGACCAAUGACGAGAAGGCAGACGCCAGGAGAUAUUUUUACGCUAAAUUACCAGUGCCUGGUGUAGUGAUGUGCGUUGAUGGAACGCAUAUUAGAAUUGUUGCGCCUCACGACAACCCAAUUCAAUACUACAAUAGAAAAGGGUUUUACAGUCUAAACGCUUUGAUGGUAGAUAUUGAAACUGACGUUAUUUAAUCUCAUGUUUUAAUGUAGUAAAUUUAUUAUCUAGAUAUGUGACCAC